AUGGAAGAGGUAGAAGAGGCUCAGGACGCACUACAAGAUCAGAACGGCAUUGAAACAUCGGCACUUGCAGAUCUGAUGCCAGGAACUCCUUGGGAGAGCACACUGAAAAGUACAAUCAGCUCGCUCAUCUCGAUACGCAACAUUGCAGUUCGAACUUUUGAUACCGAGAAGCAACGUGCAUCUCAAGCGUCUGGAUUUAUAGUUGACAAAACUCGAGGAAUCAUCUUGACCAAUCGUCAUGUUGUUCAACCAGGUCCAACUUUAGCAGAAGGAAUUCUUACAGAGAGCAAAGAGGAAGUCCAACUAAAAGCUAUAUAUCGUGAUCCGGUCCAUGAUUUUGGAUUCUUCUCCUUUGAUAUCUCGAAAGUGAACUACAUGAACUUGCACGAAAUCCCCCUAUGUCCUUCCAAAGCCCGUGUUGGUGUAGAUCUUCGCGUAGUAGGCAACGACGCUGGUGAACGACUAUCCAUUUUGAGUGGUAUUAUGGCAAGAUUAGAUCGAGAAGCACCAGCUUAUGGAACAGGGAGAUACAACGACUUCAACACAUUUUAUUUCCAAGCAGCUUCAAUGACUUCAGGCGGUAGUUCAGGCUCGCCUGUUAUUGACAUUGAAGGAGAGUGUCUCGCUUUGAAUGCAGGUGGUAAUAGGAAGAGUGCAUCGUCAUUCUUCCUGCCUCUCGACAGAAUCGUACGAGCACUGGAUCUUAUAAAAGCUGGUAAACCAGUUGCCCGUGGAACGAUUCAAACCAUAUUCCGCUUCAAGACAUUUGACGAGCUCAAACGUCUCAGUCUUGAUAAAACCGUUGAACAUGAUAUCAGAAAACACUUUGGCACACAAGCUACUGGUAUGCUUCAAGUCGGGCAGGUCCUCCCUAAAGGCCCCGCUGAUGGUAUUCUGGAGACCGGUGACAUCAUCUACAAAAUCAAUGGCCACUUUGUAAACUCGUUUAUACCUGUUGAAGAAGUCUUUGAUGAUAAUGUUGGUGGGAUUGCUUUGUUCCAUGUCCAAAGAGCAAAAACGCUGCUGGAAGUGAACGUUGUCAUUCAGGAUUUGCACAUCAUUACUCCUGAUCGAUUUGUGGAAGUCAGUGGAGGGAUUGUGCAUGCGCUUUCGUAUCAGAUGGCAAGCGGCUACAUGGUUCCAGUUCAAGGAGUUGUGGUCAGUGGGGCAGGCUAUAUGUUUGCUCUAGCAGGAAUUGCUAGAGGCUCGAUUAUUGUAUCCAUCAACAAUCAAUUGACUCCGGAUCUGGACUCCUUCAUCCAAGUCUUCCAAGAACUCCACGAUGGGCAACGUGCACCUCUUCGAUACUACUCUGUUGGUGACAUUAAUAAACCAAGAGUGGCUCUGAUUCGAGUAGACCGUCGGUAUCAUAGUUUCCGCCUAGCCAUUCGAGACGAUCAAUCUGGUUUUUGGAACUAUACGAAUAUGCCACCAUGUCAAGGUGUAUAUCAGAUGCAGCCGCAUAAAGCAGCACAAUUACAGCUUGAUGCUUCAAUCGGUAUAGGACGAAACGUUGUGUCGGCUUUAUGCCAAGUCGUCUUCAACUCUCCAUUUCAUAUUGACGGUGUCAUGGGAAUGAUCCAUUCGUCCGUCGGUGUGGUUCUGGAUCAUGAAUUGGGCCUGAUUGUGGUAGAUAGGCACUGUAUUCCAACAACUUUAGGUGAUACGCUUAUUACAUUCGCGAAUAGUAUCAUAGUGAAUGCACAAAUCUUGUAUGUGCAUCAGGUACAUAAUUUUGCUGUCCUUCGAUAUGAUACAAGGUUACUAGGUGAAACUGUUAUUGUUUCCGCUCAAAUCAGCUCCAAGAAAUUAAAACAAGGCUCUAGCGCCAUCAUGGUGGGAUUGACGAAAUACUUCACACCAAUAGUGAGGUCGACCAAGGUCACAACUAUUCAUCCUUUCAUUCUCCCAGACAGCCACAGCCCCGCGUUCAGAGCAGUGAACAGUGAAGUAUUUGAAUUUGAGAAUCCAAUUCACCAUGGAGGAGUCAUUGUCGAUGUCGACGAUGGGAAAGUUCAGGCUUUCUGGAGUGCUUUCUCCAAACAAGAUAAAACUGGUAGUGGUGCCGUGUUGAUGGGAAUGGAACCGAAACCUGUGGUUGAGAUCGUUGAUCGUAUACGAGAAUCUUUAAAGAAUCCAGCAGGAGAAGACCAGAUUAUUACCAAGGGUCUUGAGAUCGAAAUGGCUUAUACACAAAUAGCACAAGCUCGCCAUCUUGGAUUGUCUGAUGAAUGGGUCCAGAAAAUUGAGGCUUGUCAUCAAUCACGACGAAACGUAAUAAUCAUACGACGUAUGACAUCUGGUACCGAGUCAAGUAAACUCUUGCAAGAAUCGGACUUGAUAUUAGCUGCUGAUGGAGAGACUGUGACAAAAUUUGAAGAUAUUGAAUCUGCAAAAGGACCUGACUCGAUUGAACUGACUAUCUUGCGUGAUGGAAAGGAAAUCACUGGAGUUCAUGUUCCCUUCGGUAUAUACGCCAUUCGUGGUACAGAAAGAAUCGUCUCGUUUUGUGGAGCCAUCUUCCAAAUGCCACAUCUCGCAGUAUAUCAACAACUGAAGGAGGUUCCCAAAGGUGUUCUGUGUUCGGUGGUGUAUCAAGGCACGCCCGCACAGAUGUACAAGCUGCAGCCAAUGACCUUCAUUCAAGAGGUGGAAUCCAUUCCGACUGAUACUCUGGAUGAGUUUCUAGACGUCAUCAAGAAAAUAAAAGCAGACACAUUUGCACGCUUCAAGACCAUUUCCUUUUCUCGUUUUGUCAAAGUUAUCGGUGUUCGAGUGGAUGCACAUUAUUUUGGUAUUACUGAAAUUACUGCCAAUCCCGAAUUCAAGAAAACUGGAACUGGUAAUGAGUGGGAACUCAUUUCGUAUCCCUCACCAACAUAA